AUGGAGCGAACAAAUACAACAACAUUCAAAUUUUUUUCAUUGGGAGGAAGUAACGAAGUUGGACGAUCAUGUCAUAUAUUGCAAUAUAAAGGUAAAACAGUGAUGCUCGACGCAGGAAUUCAUCCGGCAUAUCAAGGAUUAGCUUCAUUACCUUUUUACGAUGAAUUUGAUCUUUCCAAAGUCGAUAUCUUACUGAUAUCACAUUUCCAUUUAGACCAUGCCGCUUCACUUCCGUAUGUGAUGCAACGGACUAACUUUCAAGGCAGAGUUUUCAUGACACAUCCAACCAAAGCCAUUUACAGAUGGCUACUGCGAGAUUUUGUAAGAGUUACUAGUAUAGGUUCUUCAUCCUCCUCUAUGGGGACUAAAGACGAAGGUCUAUUCUCAGAUGAGGAUUUAGUUGAUUCUUUCGAUAAAAUUGAAACGGUGGACUAUCAUUCUACUGUUGACGUCAAUGGUAUCAAAUUUACGGCAUUCCAUGCAGGCCAUGUAUUGGGUGCAGCGAUGUUUCAAAUAGAGAUUGCUGGCCUUAGGGUGUUAUUCACAGGUGACUAUUCGAGAGAAGUAGAUCGUCACUUAAAUUCUGCUGAGGUGCCUCCACUUUCAUCCAACGUAUUAAUUGUGGAAUCUACCUUUGGUACCGCUACUCACGAGCCCCGUUUAAAUAGAGAAAGGAAGCUAACCCAACUAAUCCAUUCCACAGUGAUGAGAGGAGGCCGUGUUCUACUGCCUGUUUUUGCUUUAGGGAGAGCUCAAGAAAUCAUGCUUAUACUGGAUGAGUACUGGUCUCAACAUGCUGAUGAACUCGGUGGUGGACAAGUCCCAAUAUUUUAUGCAUCAAAUUUGGCAAAAAAAUGUAUGAGCGUUUUUCAAACCUAUGUAAAUAUGAUGAAUGAUGACAUUAGAAAAAAAUUUAGAGACUCUCAGACUAAUCCCUUCAUAUUCAAAAAUAUAUCUUAUCUUAGAAACUUGGAGGAUUUCCAAGAUUUUGGUCCCAGUGUGAUGUUGGCCUCACCAGGUAUGCUGCAAAGUGGGUUAUCAAGAGAUUUACUUGAAAGGUGGUGCCCUGAAGAUAAAAAUCUAGUACUAAUCACCGGUUACUCCAUCGAAGGAACAAUGGCGAAAUUUAUUAUGCUUGAGCCAGAUACAAUACCUUCCAUAAAUAAUCCGGAAAUAACCAUUCCAAGACGUUGUCAAGUUGAAGAAAUCUCCUUUGCCGCACACGUUGACUUCCAGGAAAAUUUAGAAUUUAUUGAAAAGAUUAGUGCGCCAAAUAUCAUCCUUGUUCAUGGAGAAGCCAAUCCCAUGGGCCGUUUGAAAUCUGCAUUGUUAUCCAAUUUCGCGUCUUUAAAGGGUACAGAUAAUGAAGUCCAUGUUUUUAAUCCUAGAAACUGUGUUGAAGUAGAUCUUGAAUUUCAAGGUGUCAAGGUUGCAAAAGCUGUGGGAAAUAUUGUGAACGAAAUAUAUAAAGAAGAAAACGUAGAGAUAAAGGAAGAAAUUGCGGCUAAAAUUGAACCUAUAAAGGAAGAAAACGAAGACAACUUGGAUUCUCAAGCAGAAAAAGGUUUGGUUGAUGAAGAGGAACACAAAGACAUAGUCGUUUCUGGGAUUCUAGUUUCAGAUGACAAAAAUUUCGAAUUAGACUUCCUUUCUUUGUCUGAUUUAAGAGAGCACCAUCCCGAUCUUUCUACAACGAUAUUAAGAGAGCGCCAGUCAGUUCGUGUAAAUUGUAAAAAGGAGCUAAUUUACUGGCACAUUUUACAAAUGUUUGGAGAGGCUGAAGUUCUUCAAGAUGAUGAUAGAGUAACAAAUCAAGAACCAAAGGUUAAAGAAGAGUCAAAAGACAAUCUGACCAAUACAGGUAAAUUGAUUCUACAGAUAAUGGGUGAUAUUAAGUUAACUAUUGUUAAUACUCUAGCCGUUGUGGAAUGGACUCAAGAUUUAAUGAAUGACACUGUAGCAGACUCCAUUAUUGCUAUACUUAUGAAUGUGGAUUCAGCUCCCGCCAGUGUCAAGCUUUCGAGUCAUUCUUGUGAUGAUCAUGAUCAUAACAAUGUGCAGUCUAAUGCACAAGGUAAGAUUGAUGAAGUUGAGAGGGUGAAGCAAAUCUCAAGGUUGUUUAAAGAACAGUUUGGUGACUGUUUUACUUUAUUUCUCAAUAAAGAUGAAUAUGCAAGUAAUAAAGAGGAAACUAUAACUGGAGUGGUUACCAUAGGUAAAAGCACUGCUAAGAUUGACUUCAACAAUAUGAAAAUUUUAGAAUGUAAUUCAAAUCCUUUGAAAGGUAGGGUGGAAAGCCUCUUAAAUAUUGGUGGUAAUUUGGUCACACCGCUAUGUUAA